AUGGCGGCCCUCCGAUUCUCCAUAUCUACGAAGCGCGCCGUCGGAAGGUUGGCUACGGCUGCUCCUCGAGUUCAAUUGACCAGGACCAUCGUCAGACCUGCGAGUACAGCUUCACAAGCAGCUCAAUCGGCUGGAUCUGGAGCUACCUCAGCUCAAUUGGAUGCCAAAGAUGUUAUCGCCAAAGAAGCAAACUACAUGGUUGCAACAUACUCCCGGCCGAAUAUCAUGUUCGAAAGGGGAGAAGGUUCUUAUUUAUGGGACACAAACAAUAAGAAAUACCUCGACUUCACCGCCGGUAUCGCCGUCAACUCCCUCGGCCACGCAGACAAAGGCGUCACCAGCGUUCUCGCCGAACAAUCCCAAAAACUCAUCCACGUUUGCAACCUCUACCACAAUCCCUGGACCGGCGAACUUUCCCGUCUAAUCAUUGAUACCACCCGAGCUUCCGGCGCCAUGACCGAUGCAUCCCGGGUAUUCAUCUGUAACUCUGGUAGCGAAGCUAACGAAGCCGCUAUCAAGUUCGCUCGAAAAGUUGGGAAGUCUAGCGGUAACGAAAAGAAAAUCGGAUUCGUAUCGUUUCAUAAUUCUUUCCAUGGACGUACGAUGGGGUCUUUGAGUGCUACGCCUAAUGUUAAGUAUCAGAAACCAUUCGGACCUAUGGUUCCUGGGUUUUCGUACGGAAAUCUUAAUGAUGUAGCUGCGAUUCCGGAGUUGGUUACCGAGGAGACCUGUGGUGUGAUCGUGGAGCCGAUCCAGGGUGAAGGGGGUAUUCAUAUUGCCACUGAAGAGUUCUUGGUGGCGUUGAAGAAGAGGUGUCAGGAAGUUGGGGCGGUGUUGAUAUAUGAUGAGAUUCAAUGCGGGUUAGGAAGAACCGGGGAGCUGUGGGCUCAUGGCGCUUUGCCAAAGGAAGCACAUCCUGAUAUUAUGACUACGGCGAAGGCACUGGGGAAUGGAGUCCCCAUCGGAGCUACGAUUGUGACGGAACAAGUUGCUGAGAAGAUUGUUAUUGGAGAUCAUGGGACAACAUUUGGUGGGAAUCCGUUGGCGGCGAGGGUUGCGCAUCAUGUAUUAGGAAGGUUGUCGUCGAAGGAGAUGUUGAAGGAGAUUCAAAGGAAAGGAGAGGUUUUCAAGACACAAUUGGAGAAGCUUAAGGAGAAAUACCCUGGUUUGAUAUCAGAGAUCAGAGGGAGGGGGUUGAUUAUUGGAGUACAGUUGACGAAGGAUCCGGCGGAGAUUGUCACGGAGUGUAGGGAUAAGGGAUUAUUGAUCUUGACGGCGGGGAAGAAUACGUUGAGGAUUGUGCCGCCGUAUAUUAUCACGGAUGAGCAGAUUCAUCAGGGACUAGAUAUUUUGGAGGGUAUUUUGGCGAAGUCUGCGUAA